ACCAGCUUUCAGAGAGCAGCAGGCUCUGUUUACACAGCCGUCCGACAGCAGCCGGUUCUCCUGCUGUGCUGAAAACAAGGUGUGUGUGAGGCUGAAUACGCUCAAAGUUAGGAGGAACCGCAGAGCCAGUGUGUGUUAGUGUGAAUGUGAAGAGAACCUGUGCUGCCCUAAAGGUUUCUACUUUGCUGAGAGGAGUGUGGCAAAGACUUCAGAACAGGAGGGGAAAAGAAGAGAACAUUUUGUUCUUAGUAAAUACAACUUCUCCACCCUUGCACAUACUACUGCUUUUUCAGUAAAGAAGUGAGAGGGGGAAGAAAAGAAAGGAGGAAUCAUUUUUUGAAAGUGGAAGACAGGAUGGCGUGCUCUGCCUUUACACUCUGGUAGAGAAGAAGGACUGGGAUUUGAGGGGGGAAAACUGUCCAUAAAAAGCUUGUUUGGGAUUUUACAGAAUUUUCUUCAACUGAAACCUAUAGAUUAUUGAGUAGAAUCUACGGGUAGAUAGCUACCUCCUGUCCUGGGGACAGCCCUGCUGGCCUUGUGCUAUGCUGGAGAGCCCACUUGCCCAGACACACUGCAGAGCACCAUACCUGAGGAGGUGAUUUAGGCUGAGAGGGAGAGCUCCAACAUGGAGCUGGACCACCAGAGAGCAAAGGAGCCCUGUCUCUCCCCGGCAGCGUUUGUUAACCAGGUGCAGUACUCCAACAUCCUGGAGGGGAGGUUUAAACAGCUGCAAGAUGAGCGUGAAGCGGUGCAGAAGAAGACCUUUACUAAGUGGGUGAACUCUCACCUGGGCCGUGUGACAUGCCGCAUCGGGGACCUGUACACUGACCUGAGAGAUGGACGCAUGCUCAUCCGCCUGCUGGAGGUGCUGUCAGGAGAACAGCUGCCGAAGCCCACUAAGGGGCGUAUGCGUAUCCACUGCCUGGAGAACGUGGACAAGGCCCUGCAGUUCCUCAAGGAGCAGAAGGUCCACCUGGAGAACAUGGGCUCCCACGACAUCGUGGACGGGAACCACCGCCUCACCCUGGGUCUCAUCUGGACCAUCAUCCUCCGCUUCCAGAUCCAGGACAUCAGUGUGGAGACUGAGGGUAACAAGGAGAGGAAGUCAGCCAAGGAGGCUCUGCUGCUCUGGUGCCAGAUGAAGACCGCUGGGUACCCCAACGUCAACGUUCACAACUUUACCACCAGCUGGAGAGAUGGCUUGGCGUUCAACGCCAUCGUGCACAAACACAGACCGGACGUGAUUGAGUUUGACACCCUGAAGCGGUCCAACGCCCACUAUAACCUCCAGAAUGCCUUCAACACAGCAGAGAAUAAGCUAGGCCUCACCAAACUCCUCGACCCAGAAGAUGUCAACGUUGACCAGCCAGAUGAGAAGUCCAUCAUCACCUAUGUGGCCACCUACUACCACUACUUCUCCAAGAUGAAGGCCCUGGCUGUGGAGGGCAAGAGGGUUGGCAAGGUGCUGGACUAUGCCAUUGAGGCUGACCAGCUGGUAGGGAACUAUGAGAGCCUGGCUUCAGAGCUGCUGCAGUGGAUUGAGCAGACCAUCCUGACUCUGAAUGACCGGCAGCUGGCCAACUCCCUAAACGGUGUGCAGAACCAGCUGCAGGCCUUCAACACCUACCGCACAGUGGAGAAACCCCCAAAGUUCACAGAGAAAGGCAACCUGGAGGUGCUGCUGUUCACCAUUCAGAGCAAGAUGAGAGCCAACAACCAGAAGGUGUACAUUCCCAGGGAGGGAAAGCUCAUCUCUGACAUCAACAAGGCGUGGGAGCGUCUGGAGAAGGCAGAGCACGAGCGGGAGCUGGCGCUGAGGAACGAGCUGAUUCGACAGGAGAAGCUGGAGAUGCUUGCUGCUCGCUUCGACCGCAAGGCCGCCAUGAGGGAGACCUGGCUGAGCGAGAACCAGCGGCUCGUCUCUCAGGACAACUUUGGUGUUGACCUGGGAGCGGUGGAGGCCGCCACCCGUAAACACGAGGCCAUCGAGACGGACAUCGGGGCGUACGGGGAGCGGGUAGCGGCCGUGGAGGCGGUGGCCAGGGAGCUGGAGGCAGAGAACUACCAUGAUGUGCGUCGCGUGCUGGCGAGGAGGGACAACGUGCUGCGGCUGUGGGAGUACCUGAAGGACCUGUUAGCCGCUCGCAGGGAGAGACUCCACGCACACCGAGACCUGCAGAGACUGCUGGAGGAGAUGAGAUACAUCAUGGACUGGAUGGGAGAUAUGAAGGGUCGUCUGCAGUCCCAGGACAGUGGGAAGCAUCUGCAUGAUGUGGAGGACCUGCUGCAGACUCACAACCUGGUGGAGGCAGACAUCUCAGCCCAGGCAGAGAGGGUCCGCGGGGUCCAGAGAGCUGCUCAGCGCUUCACCUCCGACCAACAAGUCUACAAGCCGUGUGAGCCGGCGCUGGUGGGAGAGAAGGUGUCUCUGCUGGGCCGGGCCUAUGAGGAGCUGGGCCAGCUGGCUGGGGAGCGGAGGGAGCGCCUGGAGGCCUCACGGCGCCUCUGGCAGUUCCUGUGGGAGAUGGGAGAAGAGGCGGCCUGGAUCAGAGAGCAGGAGCAGAUCCUGUCAGGAGGAGACUGUGGCCGCGACCUCACCUCCGCCCUGCACCUCCUCAGUAAGCACGAGGCCUUCAGGGACGAGAUGGCAGCCCGCUACGGUCCUCUCGGCCACAGCAUUGCCGCCGGACAAACUCUGGUGGAGGAGGGACACUUUGGAGCCCCAGAGUGCACUGAGAGGAUCAGGGACGUACGUGCUCAGUGGGCACACCUGGAGGAGACAUCCCAGCUGAGGGAAGUGCAGCUGAAGGAGGCGGUGGCCCUGCACCAGUUCCAGACUGACGCCAAUGACAUGGAGGCCUGGAUCUUGGAGACGCUGCGCCAGGUGUCCAGCCAGGAGGUGGGCCACGACGAGUUCUCCACCCAGACCCUAGCCCGCAAGCAGAGGGAGGUGGAGGAGGAGAUCCAGAGCCACCGCACCCUCAUCGACUCCCUGCAUGAGCAGGCCCUCGGCCUGCCCCAGGUCCAUGCAAACGCCCCUCAGGUGGAGGGGCGUCUGCCUGCUAUUGAGCAGCGCUAUGAGGAGCUGGUGUCUCUGUCUGCAUCGCGGCGUCAGGCCCUGGAGGGGGCGCUGGCCCUCUACCGCAUGUACAGCGAGGCGGGCGCCUGCCAGCUGUGGGUGGGGGAGAAGGAACAGUGGCUGGACGGCAUAAUGAUCCCCACCAAACUGGAAGACCUGGAGGUGGUGCAGCAGAGGUUUGAGACCCUGGAGCCUGAGAUGAACAACCUGGGGACUCGUAUCUCUGAUGUCAACCAGGUGGCCCAGCAGCUCCUGGGAUCAGACAACCGCAGCAAAGAGCAGAUCCACCAGACACAAGACCAGCUUAACAACAGGUGGAAGGAGUUCCAGCGUCUGGCGGACCAGAGGAAACAGGCCCUGGAGUCGGCCCUCAACAUCCAGAACUACCACCUGGAGUGUAACGAAAUCCAGAGCUGGAUGAGAGAGAAGACCAAGGUGAUCGAGUCCACCGAGAGCCUGGGCAACGACCUGGCUGGUGUCAUGGCCCUGCAGCGCAAACUCACCGGCAUGGAGAGAGACCUGGAGGCCAUUCAGGGUAAGUUGGACGACCUGAGAAAUGAGGCAGAGAAGCUGGCUGAGGAGCACCCGGACCAGGCCGAGGAGAUCCAUGCCCACCUGGGGGGGAUCCAGGAAGUGUGGGAGGAGCUCAACGCCACCAUGAAGCGUCGUGAGGAGUCUCUGGGCGAAGCCAGUAAGCUGCAGGGAUUCCUCCGGGACCUGGAUGACUUCCAGUCCUGGCUGUCCCGCACGCAGACCGCCGUGGCGUCAGAGGACAUCCCCACCUCGCUGCCAGAGGCUGAGCGCCUGCUCUCCCAGCACGAGAGCAUCAAGAACGAAUGGGACAACUACAAGGAGGACUAUGAGAAGAUGCGGGCGGUGGGUGAUGAGGUGACUCAGGGCCAGACGGACGCCCAGUACAUGUUCCUGGCCCAGAGACUGCAGGCGCUGGACACCGGAUGGCAAGAUCUGCGCCGCAUGUGGGAGAACCGCCACAGCCUGUUGGCCCAAGCUUUCGACUUCCAGACCUUCCUGAGAGACGUCAAGCAGGCUGAGGGUUUCCUCAACAGCCAGGAGUAUGUACUGUCCCACACUGAGAUGCCAUCCAGCCUGCAGGGAGCAGAGGAGGCCAUCAAGAAGCACGAGGACUUCCUGACCACCAUGGAGGCCAGCGAGGAGAAGAUCACGGGCGUGGUGGAGGCUGGACGCCGUCUGGUCAACGACCUCAACGCCAACUCUGACAAGAUCCAGGAGAAGGCCGACUCCAUCCAGGAGAGACAUCAGAAGAAUAGGGAAGCUGCAAAUGAACUCCUCUCUAAACUGAAGGACAACCGUGAACUUCAGCACUUCCUGCAGGACGGACAGGAGCUGACUCUGUGGAUCAAUGAGAAGAUGCUGACAGCUCAGGACAUGUCGUAUGACGAGGCCAGGAACCUCCACAGCAAGUGGCAGAAACACCAGGCCUUCAUGGCUGAGCUGGCCUCCAACAAGGACUGGCUGGACAAGAUCGACAAGGAGGGCCAAGUGCUGGUGACAGAGAAGCCGGAGCUGCAGUCUGUUGUCCAACAGACUCUUGAAGGCCUGCAGAGCCAGUGGGAGGAGCUAGAGAGCACUACGCGCGCCAAGGCACAGUGCCUCUUCGAUGCCAACAGGGCAGAGCUUUUCACCCAGAGCUGCUCUGCCCUGGACAUUUGGCUGAAGAACCUGUCAGGACAGCUGCAGAGUGACGACUUCGGAAAGGAUCUGACAUCCGUCAACAUCCUGCUCAAUAAGCACCAGAUGCUGGAGCACCAGAUGGAGGUGCGUGAGAAAGAGGUGCAGUCGCUGCAGUCCCAGGCGCUGGCGCUGUCCCAGGACGAUGCUGGUGUGGCGGUGGUGGAGGUGGACAGCCAGCAGAGGAGAGUCACUGACAGCUUCUCCCAGCUCCAGGACCCCCUCAACCAGAGGAGGCAGCAACUGCUGGCAUCCAAGGAGGCCCACCAGUUCAACAGAGACCUGGAGGAUGAGAUUCUGUGGGUGAAGGAGAGGAUGCCCCUAGCCACCUCCACAGACCAUGGCAAGGACCUGCCCAGUGUACAGCUGCUCAUCAAGAAGAACCAGACUUUGCAGAAGGAGAUCCAGGGCCACCAGCCCCGUAUUGAUGACAUCCAGACCCACCGCAGGGGGAUGUCCCCAGGGAAGGAGGAGGUGGACGGGGAGUGGCAGUCUGCUCUGGAGCAACGUCUGGUGGAGCUCCGGGAGUCCUGGGCCCAGCUCAUCGCUGAGACAGAUGAGCGCCACGCCCGGCUAGUGGAAGCUAACCGCGCCCAGCAGUUCUACACCGACGCUGCCGAGGCCGAGGCCUGGAUGGGAGAGCAGGAGCUACACAUGAUGUCAGAGGACAAGGCCAAGGAUGAGCAGAGUGCUCUGGUGAUGGUGAAGAAGCACCAGACACUAGAACAGGCCCUGGAGGACUACGCCCAGCCCAUCCACCAGCUGGCCAACAGCAGCCGCACCAUGAUGACCAGCGAACACCCAGAGAGCGAGCGUAUCAACCUACGGCAAGCCCAGGUGGACAAGCUGUACGCAGGGCUGAAAGACCUGGCUGAGGAGCGUCGUGGGCGUCUCCAGGAGAGGCUGAGGCUGACCCAGCUGAAGAGAGAGGUGGACGACCUGGAGCAGUGGAUCGCUGAGAGGGAGGUGGUGGCUGGAUCCCAUGAGCUGGGACAGGACUAUGAACAUGUCACAAUGCUGCGGGACAAGUUCCGGGAGUUUGCUCGGGACACUAGCACCAUUGGCCAGGAGCGCGUGGACGCCGUUAACGGUCAGGCCGAUGACCUCAUCGAGUCGGGUCACCCUGAGAACGCCAGCGUGGCAGAGUGGAAGGACGGGCUGAACGAGGCGUGGGCCGACCUGCUGGAGCUGAUCGACACGCGCACCCAGAUGCUGGCCGCCUCCUACGAGCUGCACCGCUUCCACCAGGACGCCCGCGAGGCCAUGGGGAGGGUCCGGGAGAAGAAGGAGGCGCUGCCCUCUGACCUGGGCCGUGACCUCAACACCGUCCAGCACCUCCACCGACAGCACAAUGCCUAUGAGCACGACAUCCAGGCCCUCAGUGGACAGGUGAACCAGGUGCAGGACGACGCAGCACGGCUGCAGAAGGCCUACGCUGGGGAGAAGGCUGAGGAGAUCCACCGGAGUGAGCACUCUGUCACUGAGGCCUGGGAGGAUCUGCUGGGGGCCGGCCAGGCUCGCCGACACCUCCUGCUGGACACCGUGGAGAAGUUCCGCUUCUUCAACAUGGUGCGUGACCUCAUGCUGUGGAUGGACGGGGUCAACCUGCAGAUCGACGCCCACGACAGCCCCAGGGACGUGUCCUCAGCAGGGCUGGUCAUAGCCAACCAUCAGGACAUCAAGUCUGAGAUCGAGACCCGGGCAGACAGCUUCACAGCCUGCAAUGAGAUGGGACACUCUCUCAUCAACAACAACCACUAUGCAGCUGAUGAGAUCCGGGAGAAACUGGACCAGCUCCAAGGCAAGAGGGACGAGAUCAACAACAAAUGGCAGGACAAGAUGGACCACCUUCAGAUUGUUCUGGAGGUGCUGCAGUUUGGCCGGGAUGCAUAUGUGGCAGAGACAUGGCUGGCAGGCCAGGAGCCCCUGGUUCGAGGGGCCGAGCUGGGCUCUAACGUGGAUGAGGUGGAGAGCCUGAUCAAACGCCACGAGGCCUUUGAGAAGCUAGCCGCCGGCUGGGAGGAGCGCUUCACCCUGCUGGAGAAACUCACUACGCUAGAGGAGCAGGAGAUCCAGAGGCAGAGAGAGGAGGAGGAGCGGGCGAGGCGACCUCCCACACCACCACCUACAGAAGAGGUGGCCCCGUCUGAGGCUGAAACACAUGAUGCCAGGACCAGCCUGGACCAGACCACACUGAACCAGUCAGUAUCAGUGAAUGGAAUCCACAGCGACCAGGACACCUCACAGUCUUUAUCAGUAUCAUCAGUGUCAGUGGGAAAGAAAGAGAAAUGUGAACCUGUCUCUAAACCUGUGUCUAAGCCAAAGCAUCCGCCGCGUGGUUCUGACUCUGACUCUGUGAAUGGUCCGGGGAGAGACAGCGGGCUGGCGUCUUCACGCCUCGACCCGUCUGCCACGCUACCCAGCAAGAGAGCUGACCCUGGCACAGAUGCCAUGGAGGGCAUGCUCUACCGCAAGCAGGAGAUGGAGUCCCACGCCAAGAAGGCAGCUAGCAGCUUCUCUCUCUCUUCCCAUAGGUCCUGGCAGAAUGUGUACUGUGUUCUGCGUAAGGGCAGCCUUGGCUUCUACAAGGACCAGAAGAGCGCCUCCAGCGGGAUCCCCUACCACGGAGAAGUCCCUAUCAGCCUGGGAGAGGCUGUGUGUGAGGUGGCACACGACUACAAGAAGAGGAAACACGUCUUCAAGUUACGGCUAGGGGACGGUAAGGAGUUCCUGUUCCAAGCUAAAGAUGAGACGGAGAUGGCCUCGUGGAUCCACUCCAUUCAUAGCUCCAUCCCAGCAGGGGGGUCAGGAGACCACUCCCCCAGAGGCCCCAGGGCCCUGAACCGAGCCAUGACUAUGCCCCCCAUCUCCCCCAGCUCAGCAGACGCUGCCGGAGUCACCAUGCGCAACAAGGAGGGCAAGGAGAGGGACCGUGAGAAGAGGUUCAGCUUCUUUGGAAAGAAGAAAUAAAACAUUUGUAAAACAACAACAUCAAGGAAAAUUAUAUUCCUCAAAAUUCCAACAAACUGAAACGGGCAGAAAUGAAAGCACUCUUGUCGCAUAAACACAUCGCUGUCGGCCGGGGUCCUGAGGGGUUUGUCUAAUUUCUGGCUCACACAGAGCUUGCUCUUUCUCGCUCUCUCCUUUCUGUUUUCAUUUGUCAUCUCUUUCUCUUUUAUAUCUCUCUUUCCUUCUCCAUCUCUCACAUUUGGCUUCAUCCUACCAAUGUAAGCCCUUGUCCAUAGCUUUAGUUGCAUUUUCAGCCGAUACGCAGGGUUUGUUGAUCAGAGUCACUAAUAAGAACUCUCUUUGGCCUCAUCAUCGGGGGAAACCAAGGGGUUUGUUGGGAGAGGAGAGGGCAGGGGGUAGUUAGCAUUAGAACCGAGAGGCUAAGAGGACCCUCAAAGUAAAUUCUCUUUCAUUCACCCACACUGGAUCAUUUGUUGGUUUAAAUUAGUCCUGGCUCAACCAAUCUUUAGACAAGCAAAAUACUUUAAUGCUGUUUUACCAAUAACAGAGAAACUGUUGUAAAGAGUGCUGUCCCCAGGUCCCCUCUUCCAGUCUCCUUUUCUCUAUCGUGCUCCUUGGGAAGCCCCAUAUCUUUUAUUUUUUUGGUAUUGGUGUUAUUAUUAUUUAUCUUUUUGCUGUUGCAGGUUUUGAGGGGGAAAAUUAAAAUAAAUAAUUGAAAGAGUAUGUCAGUAGAUUUCUUGAGUCAUGUUGCAGAGCAAAACAAGAGUUUGAUCUACGGGACCAUGUUGGUCUUGUUUCUUUUGUUGAGGAAAGACCGUUAUUGAGGUGUUUAAAAAAAUGAAGCUCGGUAACUUUUAGCAGUGUGCAGUAAGUGAUUUUCACCAGUGGGAAAUUAUAUAUAUUUAAAGUGGUUUUAUUUUAACUUGGAUCUUGCCUGUAUUUGAUUUUGUUCUUCUGAGGGAUUAUUUCUGAUUUUGAAUUGUGUUGUUUCUAUUCAAACCAGAGAGUUUGUUUUCUAGUAAGGGUGAGAGUGGGAGUUAUGGUGAUAUGGGUUUUGCAUGUGUUUUUUUUUUUUGUUAUUCUAAAUCCGAAGCGUCCAGUUGGAUGCUGCUUUUCUGACUUAACAUACACACACACCAUAUAUACACACACACACCAUAUAUACACACACACACGCUCAAAGAAGUUGUUGGGAUGGCUUUCUUUAAGGAUUCUUGUUUGUUUUUUUGGUUUGAAUAUGUAGAUGACAAUGCUAAUUAAUGAAACAUUCCUCCUAGAUGAUUUUCAGACUUCACAUACUUCCUCCUGAUCCCUCUGUUGUUUUGUAAUGGGAUGGCUGGGGCAGGUUAACACUGUUGGUUACCACUGCCAUUGCCAAACACUAGUGAGGAUUGUAAGCAGAAGCACAUCAAUGUGGCAUAGGGUUGCGGAGGUUGUCUAGUAGGAAGAGGAGGGUUCAUUUCAGAUGGGGUAGGGUUGGACGCUGAGGGCUGAGAUUCCUUCUAUUUGAAUAGUGCUUAAUCACAAAGGAGGCUUUAUCGAUCACAAAACAAAUCUCAGAAGAAUGUUUAAUAUGUGCCCCUUGGCAUUGACUCCGUGUAUGUAUAUGGAUUCUGUACCCAGGUUCCAUUGAGCGUAUAUGGACAGGCUCACCCGAAUCAGCGGUUGAAGCAAGUGAAAUGCUAGCAUAGCUGUGUUGGAUUGGAAGAGGCGUAACCAUGGAGCGCUUUCCUCACUUGAUGGUGACCGAGAGAAUAGUCUUAAAUUGUUUUUCUGGAGGGCUUUGAGCUCCUCCAUAUGUGGCAUGACUUCAUUAUAGGAUUGUACUUGUAUGUGUCUCGUUGUUGUUGCCAAUUCUCUUCUACUUUGAUGUUAUUGGUACAUGAGAUUCACCCGUAAGCGAUGUACAGCAUGGCAUGAUACCAUGAAGCCCAUGCUGUGGAAGGUGGUGUAUUACACCAGAAUGCCCAGGUGUAUCAUUAGUACCCCUCCAGCAGUUUGGAAAGAAUUCACAUUGGGCAAAAAGAAAAUGAUUAAAUUCUAUCAAAUAAUAGUAAAGUAAAGAGGACAUUGAUAGCGACGUCGGGUCCUGGCACAGUGAGUGAUUUAUUUUAGUGUCUGAGAUGAGUGGAAGGUUUCUGUACAAGAAACUGCUCAAAGCACAGAAAAAUCCACAUUUCUUGUAGCCAAUGGUAUCUGUUACUCGGUGGUAGGCUUAUCUGGGGCAAGGGUGUGGCAUAUCAAAGCCCAGUUAGGUUAUUGUUUGACUGAGAUGGCUCACCCUAAACCAGAGAGGGAAAGAACCACAGUGAAUACAUGUCAGAAAUGUGCAGCUUUUCAACAGGCAAGACUAUUGGACUAUUGCCAUUUCAGUUCAUAUGAUUUGGGGUAAAUAAGCAGCAGUAGAGCCAUACAAGAGGCUGUAGACUACUUGGUCUGCCUUGGUUUGUAUCCCAGCUGUGAGCCUAAGAUCUUGAUCUCAGCCUAAUGUACUGAGCUGACCCUCGGCUCCCUAGUCACAGUUCGAACCCCACUGACCUGUUAAAUGAGACAACAAAGUCUGCGAUGCUCAAGAGUAGAGCUGAGUGAGCCUCGCUCUGUGGUAUUCACUGUGAAAAACGACUAUCGGGCAGUUGGUGCCAGAUCGGCCAUAGCACUUCUAAAAGUAGCUUGUGUUGCCCCCUACUGGCUGAACUGCUCCCACAGUGACCCAGUUCAAGUCCCAGGCAGGUUAUACACAGACAUGAGCAAGUUCCUCAGGCCCAUUCUACUAUGAAUUCUUAUUAAUGUUAAUGGCUUUUAAGAUGGGUUGGACAAAUUGGUCAUGUGAUGGACAUACUUGGAGACACACUACCUCUCUCUUGCUUUCUCCUCUCUCUCUUACACUCUCUCACACUCUCACACAUAUCCACACACAGAUAUACCAAGGUGGAAUGACCCUGGCCUUCCAGUCAAGCAGAAAGAUGUGGAGCUGAUUGUGAUUUGGUGCCAGAUUUGGGUUGAUGUUGUGCAGUCUGUGUGCUACUGGUGAGUGUUGAGCGUAAAAGGAUAGACUGUAUUAUUGAUGGUUAAAGAGAGCCUAAGAGGGUUUUGAGCAUUUUGGUUUAAAAAGUUAGUGGAACACCUAAAAAGGUUUCUUGGUCUCUUAUUUGAAGAGAAAAAGAAACACCGUAUAUAUUAACCAGAGGACUGAUGGCAAAUUUGAGCUUCCAUUUUCUAGAGUUAGACAGGAGAUGUGCGGUCUCACGGGGUUCUUGUAUUUUCUCAUCCAGUGGUCUGAUCUGUUUUGCAGCAUUUGAUAAACCUUUCCACCCACUGCCAUUUCCCUUUUUUUUAUAAUGUCAUUUCCUUCUUCUGUGACUUAACUAAUUGCGAGUUGUGAAUACCACUACUAUGAUUAAUUAUUAUUAUUGCUACUGUUACUACUACUCUUACUACUGCAACAUAUUUGUUACUACAACUAUAACUGCUGUCCAUUUUCAGGUACGUGUCUGUAAUACCAGACCCUUCCACAAGAUGUCAGUGUGCUGUGGAGCAUUUUCAUUACAGAUCGAAAAUAAUGUUUGUUGACUUGUGUAUCUACAUCUAAUAUUAGGAACAAUAAAACAUGGUUUAAAGGAAAACAAGAA